GACGAGUCCCCCAUUUACCCCCGUCCGUCCCCACAAUAUCUCCCCCACAGUUACACCCUGCAUCCUGCCCCCCUCAAACCUACACCCCCCCCGGAUACCCCAAAAUCCACCUCCCCCCGUUCCUGCCCCACAUCGUUUUCUCUCCCUACCCCAGUCUCCCCACUCUGUCUCCCAUGUUCCCUCCCCUAAACCCAGCCUGUGCCCCCCAGCCUGGCGCCACAUUUAGGGCACCCCCCCCCCCAGUGCUACCCCCCACCCUCCCCGGGACUGCCCCCCAGUUUGGGUGCUGGGAGGGGGGGUGAGCGAUAACGGAGCCCCCCAAGGACCCGCCAUCCCCGCGGGGUCACGCUGCGGCCCAGGGGUGCCACGGGUCGCGUUUGCAGAGGGUCGCGCUGGCGCGGGGACGGGUGGCGGUGUCGCAUUGGCACCAGGGUCGCCUUGGCACGGGGACAGCGGGGUCGUGCCGGCUCGGGGCCGGGUCACGCGUGCCCCGGGGCUGUGCCGGGCUGCGGCUGUGUUUGCACAGGGCUGGGUCGCACCCGCACCGCGCCGGGUUUGCACCACGGCCGUGUUUGCUCAGGGACGGGGCUCGGCUGCACCUCCUUGGUGCGGGCACGGGGACAGCGGCGCGAGGGUCCCUUUGGCACCGGGGGCGUCAUUGUGUUUGCACGGGACCGGGGCACGUUUGCACCAGGGCUGUGCUUGCACCAGUGUCGCGUUUGCACGGGGACGGUGGCGUUGGCACAGGGAUGAUCACACCAGCACGAGGAGGGUGGCAUUUGCACGGGGACGGUGACAUUUCCACAGGGCUGGUGACACUUGCAUGGUGGCCCUGGGCCUGUCACAUCCCGGCCCUGUCCCCACCCUGGCGUGUCCCCGGGGAGGUCCCUGCCAACCCCCCCCUCCACCGUGCCAGCCCUCCCUCCUCCCUGCCUGGAGCUUGUGCCCGUGGCACGGGGAUGGCGGCACUUUGACUGCGUCGGUGACACUGGCAUGGGGUUGGUGACACUGGCACGGGUAUGGUCACAUUGACACGGGGUCAGUGACACUUGCACGGGGAUGGUGACGCUCGCACGGGGAUGGUGACACUGGCAUCAGGUCGAUGACAGUGGCACGGGGAUGGUCAAAUUGGCGCGGGGUCGGUGACACUUUCGCGGGGUCGGUGACUCUCCCGGGGUCGGUGACAGUGGCCCGGGGCGGGUCCCGGUGCCCGGCGCUGUCCGUGGUGCUGCCCCCGCGCCGCCGCCUCCCGCCGGCAGAGGGAGCCCCUCGGGUUGGGGGGGUGGGUGCGAUGAGUUGGGGGGGUCUCAGCGGCCGGACCCCCCCAUGCAGUGACCCCGCACCCCCCGCUCCCGCCCCCCCCGGCCCGCAGCCGGGCGGCCCUGGCAGGGUGGCCCUUGCCCCGCUGCCAUCCCUCAGUUCCAGGGGUGGCACCGCUGCCCGGGCGUCCCGGCGAGGGGUUGUGGGGGAGUUCUCCUCUCCCCCAGGAAGCGCCAUGGGCCCCCCCGGACCCCUUCACACCACCUAGACGUGUCUCCAGCCAGCACCACCACCCCACCCCCAGGGCAGCAGGAUGGCCCAGCAGCGCCACGCCGUCCCUCCGCCACUCAAGACGGAGGAGGAUUACAUCCCCUACCCCAGCGUGCAUGAGGUGCUGGGUCGGGAGGGGCCGUUCCCCCUCAUCCUCCUGCCACAAUUUGGGGGUUACUGGAUCGAGGGCACCAACCACCAGCUGAGCGGGACCCCCGACUCACCCCCCACCCCGGCCCCCGGCCCCCGGGCAAAGCUGGAGGGCAACCACACGGCCAAGAUCUACCGCAAGCACUUCCUGGGCAAGGAGCACUUCAACUACUACUCCCUGGACCCGGCCCUGGGCCACCUCGUCUUCUCCCUCAAGUACGACGAGCAGGAGCACCUCCACCUGCUGCUGCGCACCCGUGCCCGCACCCUGCACGACGUGGUGCCCAUCUCCUGCCUGGCCGAGUUCCCCAAUGUGGUGCAGAUGGCCAAGCUGGUGUGUGAGGACGUCAACGUGGAUCGGUUCUACCCUGUGCUCUACCCCAAGGCCUCCCGCCUCAUCCUCGCCUUCGACGAGCACGUGCUCAGCAACCACUUCAAAUUUGGGGUCAUCUACCAAAAACUGGGGCAGACCUCAGAGGAGGAGCUUUUUGGCACCACGGAGGAGAGCCCAGCCUUCGCCGAGUUCCUCGACGUCCUGGGCCAGCGGGUGCAGCUGCGGGACUUCAAGGGGUUCCGGGGGGGGCUGGACGUGACCCACGGGCAGACGGGCAGCGAGUCCGUCUACUGCCACUUCCGCGACAAGGAGAUCAUGUUCCACGUGUCCACCAAACUGCCCUACACCGAGGGGGACGCCCAGCAGCUGCAGCGGAAGCGCCACAUCGGGAACGACAUCGUGGCCAUCGUCUUCCAGGACGAGAACACGCCGUUCGUGCCCGACAUGAUCGCCUCCAACUUCCUCCACGCCUUCGUGGUGGUGCAGCUGGAGCAGGGGGGCACCCAGGGCACCCUCUACAAGGUCUCGGUCACCGCCCGUGACGACGUGCCCUUCUUCGGCCCUCCGCUGCCCGACCCCGCCGUCUUCAGGAAGGGCCCUGAGUUCCAGGAGUUCCUGCUGACGAAGCUCAUCAACGCUGAGUACGCCUGUUACCGGGCCGAGAAGUUUGCCAAGCUGGAGGAGCGGACGCGGGCGGCGCUGCUGGAGACGCUGCACGAGGAGCUGCAGGCGCGCAGCCAGGCCAUGCUGGGGCUCGGCCCCGAUGACGAGCGCCCCGACAACGGCGCGGCCGCCCCGGGCUUCUUCGAGUCCUUCAAGUCGCUGCUGGUUCCCGGGAGCCGCCGGGGUCGCCGCGGCAGCGCCAUCGGGCUGGGCUCGGUGGAAGAGGCGCUGCUGGUGCCCGGGAAGAGCCCGUCCCGGCGGCGGCCCGGCCCGCUCGGCUCCCGCCGCUCCAGCGCCAUCGGCAUCGAGAGCAUCCAGGAGGCGCCGGCCGGCAGGGACGGCCCCGCCGCCCCCGAGGGCUCCGGCUCCACUCACAGCUCCCCCGAGAGCCGCCGGCACCACGACAGGGCCGAGAAGCCGGAGCCGCCGGAUUUCUCCCGCUCCUCCUCCAGCGCCAGCAGCUUCGGCAGCGCCGCUGAGGAGCCCGAGCCGGGCCGGGAGAGCCGCUCACCCUCGGGGACCCACCGCAACGCCUUCCCCGACACCCCCUGGCCGGAUGACCCCCCUGGGACCCCCACAGGCCGCCGCCCCCCCGACUCCCCCUGCCCCGAGAUCAAAAUCCAGCUGGAGCAGCCCCCCCACAAUCCGGGCUCAUAGUCACCCCCCCACCCGCGGGGGGGUCACCGCUUCGCCCCCCCAUUCCCCCCGUGUGCCACCCCCAUGCCAGGAGCUGAAGCCAUCGUCCCCGG